CUCUCUCCUUUUCCAUUGUCUCCCUAUCUCUCUCUCUGUUUCUCUGUGUGUGUGUGUGUGUGUGUGUGUGAGAUCCACAUUCCCUUUUUUAUCUGUUAAAAACCCAGGUUCCUGAUACCCAAACACAUCCACAAUCGAGGGUAUAUACCAGUUUUGUCCCAUCGGGUCUCGUCCCUGUCCUCUCCUGAUUCAUAUUCUCCGAUCUUUCUGGGAUCUUCUGCAUCGCCAUGGAGGUGGAGGAGGCUAAUGUUGUCGAGACUAAGGAUGGGACUAUUUCCGUAGCUUCCGCAUUUGCUGGUCAUCAACAAGCUGUACAGGAUAGAGAUCACAAGUUCUUAACGAAAGCAGUUGAGGAAGCGUACAAGGGGGUAGAUUGUGGGGAUGGAGGCCCUUUUGGUGCUGUUGUUGUUCGUAAUGAUGAAGUUGUUGUAAGUUGUCACAACAUGGUUCUGAAGAACACAGAUCCAACUGCUCAUGCAGAAGUGACUGCCAUAAGAGAGGCAUGCAAAAAGCUAGGUAGGAUUGAGCUUUCGGACUGCGAAGUAUAUGCCUCUUGUGAGCCUUGUCCCAUGUGCUUUGGUGCCAUCCACCUUUCAAGAGCCAAGAGGUUGGUCUAUGGAGCUAAGGCUGAGGCGGCUAUUGCUAUCGGCUUCGACGAUUUUAUCGCCGAUGCUCUGAGGGGUACUAGCUUCUACCAGAAAGCUCAUUUGGAGAUCAAGAGAGCCGAUGGUAAAGGGGCCAAAAUUGCGGAGCAGGUCUUCGAGAAGACAAAGGAGAAGUUCCAAAUGUAUUGAUUCUUCCGAUUUCUCCUUUUCAUUCAUAAGUUCCAAUCGUUAACUGUUUAGUAACUGAUUGGCUUUAUUCACCUGCAAUUAUUUGAGAACUGUUCAUAUCAUGCUACAACAUGACGUCGCAACACUUCAAUCUGUUAUGUGCUUCAAACUGAUCAAUUCAAUCUAUUAGUUGCGUCUUUUUUCUGCGCACCGUUGAAUGCAAGAAGUGGGUAGAGAAAGAAAUAUAUUCCUGGUUUGCAAA